CACCCCUUUCUCGGCUGCGCGCAAGCGCGGUAAACAAUUUGCGCUCCAUCCUUAAUGUUGCCCGGUAGUUGAGCUUUCUCAACUGGGCGCUUAUGGGGGUCGGCGCCGGCGCGUGAGGAGCGCGCGCGCGCAGAAGACUCGCAGGAACUUCCCCCCCCCUCGGUUCCCCCAUGGCUGAGUCGGGGGCUGAGCCCGCUCUUGGCCCUGAAGAGGAGGCUGACGAGGAGCUACUACAGCUGGAGGCUGAGCCGCCGCCCGUGGCGGUGUCAGGGAGGGCCGCGAAGGGGACUCCAGGCGGCGCCGUCAGGGUCAAUCUCGGCUGGUGCUCGGUGGCGGCAACGGGACCGGACUUGGACAUUCAUGAAGGCGACGACGAUGACGACGAGGAGGAGUCCGAGCCACUCCUGGGCCUGGCGAUCUCGAGCCGGAGCGGUAGGAAGCUGGAGGGCCGCAGCGCCGCAGCACAUACAGGAAAUGUUGGAAGUAUUGCAGAAAUGAACUACUUUUUGGAUGAUCCUGAAUUUGCUGAAGUCAUGCAGCAAGCAGAACAAGCCAUAGAAUGUGGAGUCUUUCCAGAAAGAAUCUCACAGGGAUCCAGUGGGAGCUACUUUGUCAAAGAUUCUAAGAAAAAAACCAUUGGAGUGUUUAAACCAAAAUCUGAAGAGCCUUAUGGUCAUCUAAAUCCAAAAUGGACCAAGUAUUUUCAUAAAAUCUGUUGCCCGUGCUGUUUUGGCAGAGGCUGUCUUGUUCCUAAUCAGGGAUACCUCUCUGAAACUGGUGCCUAUCUUGUGGACAGUAAAUUGGGAUUAGGAGUGGUACCUAAAACAAAGGUUGUCUGGAUUGUUAGUGAGACCUUCAACUACAGUGCAAUAGAUCAUGCAAAAUCAAGAGGCAAAAAAUAUGCUUUAGAAAAAGUGCCAAAAGUUGGCAAAAAAUUUCAUCGAAUAGGACUACCUCCUAAGGUUGGCUCCUUUCAGCUGUUUGUUGAAGGCUACAAAGAAGCUGACAAUUGGCUCAGGAAAUUUGAAACGGACCCUUUGCCUGAGAAUACAAGGAAACAAUUUCAAUCGCAGUUUGAAAGAUUGGUAGUGCUUGAUUAUGUCAUCAGAAAUACUGACAGAGGCAAUGACAAUUGGCUAGUCAGAUAUGAAAAGCAGAGUGAUGGGACUGAUAUUUCUGAUAAGGAUACCCAGUGGAUUAAUGAAAAAGAACCUAUUAUUAAAAUUGCAGCAAUUGAUAAUGGUCUAGCUUUUCCUUUCAAACAUCCUGAUGAGUGGAGAGCAUAUCCAUUCCAUUGGGCUUGGCUUCCGCAAGCAAAGGUCCCCUUUUCUCAAGAAACAAUAGAUUUGAUUCUUCCUCGUAUUUCUGACAUGAACUUUGUACAGGACCUUUGUGAAGAUCUUUACGAAUUGUUUAAGACUGACAAAGGUUUUGACAAGGCUACAUUUGAAAAUCAGAUGUCUGUGAUGAGGGGACAGAUACUUAAUCUAACUCAGGCAUUGAAGGAUGAAAGAAGUCCUCUUCAGCUUGUUCAGAUGCCGCGUGUGAUUGUGGAGAGAAGUCAUGGUGGAAGUCAAGGACGAAUUGUUCACCUGAGCAAUGCAUUUACACAGACUUUCCAUAGCCGGAAGCCUUUUUUUUCCUCCUGGUAGAGACAAGUAAAUGUCUUCAACUUAGCAAGACUGUCUAUUAUGUGAACUUUUCAAAAUAAUGAAUUCUUCUGUACACAAAAUGCUGGACUGCCAAAACCUCAGAACAUUUGCUUUGUAUUUUGAAUGUAAAAAGUUUACAGUUUAAAAUUAUGAAAUUUUACUUCAGGGAAAUGAGCUUAUCUUAUACUGUAUUUUUAUAGGCAGUUUAAUGUUUCCUGUAUUUAAUAUGAAAAGAGAAAAGAAGUUUACAGAUGCCAAAGACUACUUUUGACUAAGUUGUAAGAAAGAAUUGUUAUGUUGUAUACAAAUGCAAGAAAUCAUAGUCUAAUUUUCUUUUUUAGAAAUGAAGCAGCCUUUUCGUUCUUCUACUGUAAGAAAGCUGUUUGAACUUUCCCUUUAACAACAAUUGCCACAUUUCUACAUGGGUUUCUUAAUGAUGUAUAUUUUCAAACAUUACAAAAUUAACUCUUGAUCAGCGUACUACUGGGAUCAAUAUCAUUACAUCUUUAUCUGGAAAAUAAAAGGCAUGAAUACAAACUAAGUUAAUGCAACAAAUCCAGAGGAAACUCAAUUAUUAAAUAGUUUCCAUGCCCUAUUUUGUCCUGAAUGCACAAAUUUCUACUGGUGGUUCUCACAUCUCUCUCUCCCUCCCUCCAUGUCUAGUUUUGUUUGAGGGCAGAGAUAGGAGUGAGCCUCAACUAGUACCCGCCACAUGCUCAAAUUAUACUGUGUGAUGAGUAUCUCUAACAUGGAAUAUGUGUAGAUUUCAUCCGUUUUAAAAAAAAAUUGAUUGAAUGGAUCUGGUGGUUAAUAUAUAUGUGUACAGGCUCCCAGGUUACAUGUUGGGAGUAGAUGAAAAAUGGAGGAAUGCUGCGGUAUCCUCCCACCUGUAAACAGUACAGGUGGGGCUGUCUGAGAAUAAUCUCUAAAUCAUUCCAGGUAGUGCCCUCCUCCCCUGCCCAUGAGACAGCCAUCAACCACUUAGUUGACGUUUAAACAGACGGUUAGGGGGAAGAGAAGAUAAAGGCAUAUUUAAUGCCCCACUAGUUAUUACUGAUAAUUAAGGUCUCCAAAGGUGUAUUUGUGGACUGAGUUCGGGAUUAGAAUAACGCUACAUGCUUAGGAAUACACAUAUAGCCUGAUUCAUGUGGGGGGUUGUAUGUAUUUGUGUAGCUUUGCUUUGAUCUUGAUUCUUUGUGAUUCGUAUGUAUGGAUGAAGAAUUGAAACGUUAAUAUAUAUUUUUCUUUAGAUAGAUCAGUAUUUCUGCUGCAGCUCCACCAUAACGUUAUACAGGGUUUCUUGAAACAGCUGUCAAUGCCAAUUAAAUUCAGCAGCCGACACCAAAGUGGAUACCUUUCAUUACUAAUAUGUUAAGAGCUUCCCCUUCUGAAUUGCUGGAUUCUAGUACCCUAGGAGCUCCAACUUGGCUGGGAAUCAGAAGUUUGUUCUGUGGGUUUUUGUUCUUUGUUACUGUGAGACUUCUCAGCAACUUGGAGCUAUUUUUGUUGAGUUUGACUUACGUAAAACAGCUAUAGAGGUACCAUCUAUUCUACAUUCACUGUUCCAUUUGAAUGUGAGAGUCUCAAGUAAUGUCUGUAGUAAAGAAUGCUUUUAUGAAAAUUGUAUGUUUGGUACUUCUAGUUACGCUGUAUUUUAAACUGCUGAGCAAUACUCCUGAACUCCUGGAUUGGUCUCUCUUUAUUUUAUGUUUUGAGGGGGUUGGUAAAACAAUGCAGCAUGUUGGAACGAUUCACUUAAUAUACUAAAAUGUAAGCCUUAAAAUGCAAAACUUGCUGUACUGUGGAUUUAGAAGACAUAAACAGUCAUGUUUCUAAAUUCACUGUGGCUUCAGUUUUUAACAACUCUCAUAUUUUUAAAGACUGCUUAAGAUUACCAGACUUUGCUCUAUUAAAACAAUAAAGAUCAUGGUCUGAAAUGUG